AUGGCCAUGGAGACCGAAGGCUUAUCGCCAGCGCUCUUAAACUUCCGCGUGUCGCUCGUGGAAACUCUCGAGGCGUAUCUCGGCAAGGAGACCAUGCAGCCGUUUGUGAGUGCGGACGACCAUGCCAGACCGGCCAAGAUUCGCCGAACCAAGGGUCUAGCUCCGGUGGGAGGUUUCGGGUCGGCGGCGCGUGGCACGCUGCCUCAGAGCGACCAGUUCCCGUUGGAGUUCAACCACCUUCUCUCCACUGCCACCUUCGCCGAGCCUGAGGACGUGGCAGCAGUGGUGGAGCCUCUCUUCGCCACGCUGCUCCUCAAUUGCUGCACGCAGCCCUUCCAGGCAGGUGCCCCUGCCUCCCGCCCGGAUCCUUCCAUCUCCCCGCUCGUCCCUUGUGAGCCUGCUGAAUCCGUUCCCAUGUUCGUAUCGUACACACCCUGUCACCCACCACCCUCAGCUCCUCUCUCGCCUAACCCCACUCCUCUCAUCGUCCCGUGCCCUGCGUCCCUCCCCUCGCAGCUUGACUUCCUCCUCUCCGUCCUCCCAAGCCUUGCAGCAUCGCGUGCUCUCUCCUGGUCCUCCUUCCUCCCAGCGCUCUUCUCGCUGCUCCUCGCGCGCUACCCCACCAUCUCCCUGCGACAGCUCCCAGGGACACACCACGCCCUCGUCACUCCAGCCCCCUCCUCUUCCGCCGCCUCGGCCCUGUCCUCACCACCAGCACCUGGCGCAGCUGGCACUGCGUCAGCUGCUGGAGCUGCUUCUGCUUCUGCUGCUGCUGCAGCUGCGGGUUCUGUCACUGCCCUCGCCCGCAGUGCCAGCACUGCGGGGGGGUUGCCAGAAACGGGAGGCAGUAUGAUGCUGCUGAGCUCGCCAAGACCCGGCAGUGUGAAUCCAGCCAGGCCAGGAGGAGGGGGACUGUGGCCUGUGGGCGCUCGGGAGGGAGACACUCUUAAAGCCCGGGAUGUCGUAAUUGGAAAGGGAAGCUCUUUAAGUGGAGGUGGGCCGUUGUUCUCCCCGUGGGGUACACACAGGGGGAAGGGCGGAUUGGGGAGAAACAGACGGGUGGAUGGGGGGGUGCGGGAGGUGGAGUCUGGUGUUCCGUGGUGGGUGAAGGGGAUGGUGUGCAAGGUGGUGGAAACAGCAGCAGAGUCUCAGGACCUCAAGGCCCUCCCGGCCCUGGUGUCUCUACAGCUGCUGCUCACGUGGCUCUUAGAGGAUCUGGCUGAACGGGCCGCUGCAGCUGCUGCUAGCGACGCUGCUUCUGCCGCUGCAGCGUCUGCCGCGGCUGCUGCUCAUGCUGCAAGGUUGCCCGCUUCUGCAGCAGUGCUAGCCACAGGAGGGAGUGCAGGCGCUGGAGGAGCCAUGUCAGCAGCAGGAACGCCAGGCGGAGGGAGAGGAGCAGCAGGUGCAGUUACCGGUGGGGCUGCAGCUGGGGCUGGUUGGGGCGGUGCGGGUUCCUCCCUGGUGGCUUGUCAGGCUGCAAGGCAGAGACGAAAGGGGAUGGCUGGCUCUGGAGGGGCCUGGAGGGCGAGAUCGGCUGGGUUCGGAGCAGGGAAAGCAGCGCAAGAAUGGUUGGUGGUGUGUGUACGGGCGUUGGAGCGGCUAGUAGACGACACCACCUGCUACGUGCCUGUGUGCACGCUGAUCCAAUGCCUGGACCCGUACCAGCUGCAUCUGCUUGUCUCGUGUUCACCGCCUCACCCUGCGCGUGCGCUGGCGUGUGUGGUAGCGGCGCGCAGGGAGUCGGUGGUGGGGUAUCUGCGCUUCCUGGAUGACCCGCUGCUCUGCCCUUCUUUUACUUCCACGGCUCGCCCCCCGGUCUUCACCUUCCGGUCCUUUCUCGGCGAGCAGGUGUACGGGCAGGAGGCAGCGGAGCAGGUGGUGCCGCGCUCUAGCGACUGGGCGCGGGAGGUGGGGUGGGUGGACAGUGCGGGAGUGCCAGUGGACAGCGAGGCGCCGGCAGCAGGGCUGUGGCAGCAGUGGCUCGUGCUGGCAGACAUCUUCUAUUUUGUCGUGCGCAACGGCUUUGUUGACUUUGUUGACUUUGUCAACCGCUGCUCCGCGCGCUUCCCGCCGUCCUCGCCACCGCCCACGAACCAUGUCACGUGGCUGAUCGCGCAGGUGUUCCGAUUGGACAAUGUGGCGUCUGUUCUCAGUGCCGACCCCAACAUGCUGGCGACAGUGCGCAAGAUAGUGGCACUGCAAGUGACGGAGCGGGCGGGGCAGAGGGGGUCGGGGGCAGGCGUGCUUCUAGAGUACAUAGGCAGUGUGCAGAUCCUGCGGCUGUGGAACCUGCAGAAGAGCAUCAAGGACAGCCUGGAUGAGGCGCGCCUGGCGGACUACAAGCAGCAGGGCAAGGCCCGUCUGGCGGACUACAAGCAGCAGGGCAAGGCGCUGGACGAGUUCUGGCGCAAAGUUAAUAAGGAUGAGUUGCGGUUGCAGUACGACAAGCUGGACGAUCACAGCACGGGCAUGGUGUGGGUGCUCAGCCACACAAUGAGCCAUCCCGUCACAGAGGCGCUCUUUAAAUGGCUCACUGCCCCGGGUGUGAAGGACCUAGGGGGGGGCACGCGCAUGUGGAACGAGGCGCAGCUGCUGCCCACGAGUCUGCUGCAGGGGCUGUCGCUGCAGGUGGCUCAGCGCCUCGCUGCCACCCUGCAGGAACUCAUUGCCAAGGCGCAUGAGAACGGGUUCCCCAGCAUUGCCAUGGUGGAGACGUUCGCCCGGCUGCUGCUGGUGGCGCCACACACGCUCAACCAGACGCAGACCAUCCACCCGCCACACACCUUCGUGCAGACCAACACCCGCCAGCACAUUCUCCAGGCGUCCUUGGAGAAGUAUGUUCCAGGGGAGUCCAACAACUCCGUGCCGCUGCUGCUGCUCGAACUCAUCAACUACCGCCUCAUCCCCUUCUUCCGGUACCACGGCAAGAUGCGGGGGCUGAUACUGGACCUGGCGAAGAUCCUGAUAAAGGUGAAGAUGGUGGCGGGGCAGCACCGGCUGUACCGCCUGGCGGAGAACACCGCCAUCAACCUCAUCAUGUCGCUCAAGGAGGUCAUGCUCGUCAAAAAGGACUCCAAGAACGCCGCCACUGAGUUUUCAGAAACCCUCAACCGGGUGAUGGUGCUGAAUCUAGCCAUCACGAUGAAGACACGUGGCAUCCACGAGUUUGAGCAGAUCGUGGUGCUCAUGCCCGCGCUGGACCAGAUGCUAGCAGCCUCCACGCACCGCUGGAGUGAGAAGACUCUGCGCUACUUCCCCCCUCUGCUCCGAGACACGCUCUCCAAGAGGCCCGACUGCCGCGCCCAGCUGCUGCAGGAGUGGAUGCAGGUGGAGCAGCUGUUGCGGCAGAGGCAGCUGCUGCCAGUGCAGGCGGGGCGAGUGGCGGACCCCAAUGCGGCGCUCAACCUGCUGUCGCAGCUGCCCCCGCACCUGCGCCACCUGCUCUGCGCCGCUGCCUGGAUCCUGCACGACGCCUCUCCGGGCUCUGUCAACCUGCAGCACCUAGCUCUGAUGCUGCGGGACAUGUCGCCCCAUGACGUGACGCGCAACGUGUACGCUCUCGUCGACGUGCUGUUGCACCACGUGCAGGUGCAAGUGAAGCAGCGCACGCAGCUGAAGCAAAUCCUCCUAGCGGCCUCCGCAGCGCUAGCAGACUGGAUCUUCGUGAAGGAGCUCCUCCCCGCCGACAUAGUCCUUCUAGCCCUCGCAGACCGCGACGACGGGUCCCCGAACAGCCUGCGGCUGGUGGUGGGUCUGCUGAUGGACCGGCCUGAGCUGCAGAAGCGCGUGGCGGCGUACUGUGAGGCGCGCGGGCAGCAGGAGCACUGGACCGAGGUCGGGCCCUUCACCACGGUCACUCCGCUGGAAGCGCUCGGGAGCAACCUCAUGGGGAAUGAUAAGCAGCCAGUGUUCUUUGACCACAUGGUGCUGCGGAUGGUGCCAGUGGUGGCGCUGAUAGUGCAUCGCCUCAUCGAGAACGAUGCCAUGGAGACGGCCGACCGCCUGCUCGCGCUCUACAACUCGCCGCACAAGCACCUGCUCACGUACCACCCGUCGCGCUUUGCGUUUGUGCGCGACACGCUCGCGUACUUCUACCCCGCGCUGCCCAACCAGCUCGUCAUUCAGCUGCUCAGCAUCCUCGACCUCACCAGGAUCCCCUUUGCAGAGGCUUUUCUCAGGCAGAUGGACCCCUCGCUCUCCUCCGCCGUCGACCUGCCUCCUCUCUCCUACUUCCUCCGCCUCCUCGAAACCCUCUGCCAGCACAUCAUACCCUCUCUCCCCGCCCCUCUCCCCGCCGCCUCCGCCCCCUCCCCUUUCGCGCCCCUCUCCCCUUUAGACUAUUUCCACUCCAUCUCCUCUCCUCCUCCUGCGCCUCCAUUCCAACCCGUGCAAAUCCCAGGGCUCGGGUCCUUCUCUCCUUCCUCCUUCUCCCUCUCGUCACCGCUCCCAACCGCUCUCACUCUCCGAUCACCGCCUUUCUACGAGCACUUAGACACGGGGGGGUUUGCCCAGCUGGUGCUGGAAACAGCAGUACUAGAAAUCCUCUCUCUCCCUCUGCCCCCGCCUCGCAACUCCCCUGUGGAGAUUCUCCGUGCGUUGCUUGCUGCUGCGGCCUUCCCUCCUCUCCAUCCCAAUGCGGUCGAAGCUUCUGCUGCUGCUGCAGCUGCUGCAGCUGCUGCUUCUGCUGCUUCUGCUGCUGCCGCUGCGGCUGCUGCGGCAACUGGGGAUGCAGGCGGGAGGGGGGGUGGAGGAGGGGUGAGGGUGGGCGAGGGCGAUGGGGCAGCAGGGGGGACGGAUCCGAUGAUGGUGGAUGGAGCAGAAAUGAUGGAUGAUAUGAAAGAGGGAGAGGAUGGGGAGGAGGGAGAGGAGGAGGAUGGUGGCGAGGAUCAUGAGGGGGAGGUGGAGGAUGAUGUGGGAGCAGGGUCUCGGCUCGUGGACAUGCUUCUCAUGGACCCCUCAUGGGCUAUUGGCAACGCCACCUGCACUGAGCUCAGCAUCUGGACGGCAGCAGUGCAUGCGAUGAUGUACGCACUGCCAUUCGAUCGCAUAGAGGGCACCCACGCACUGCUCGUGCUGCAGCGCCCCAUCCGCUCCCCCGCCCACCUGCGCCUCGUCUUCCGCCUCGUUGCUCCCAUCCUGCCCCGCACGCCCAUCUCCAAGUCUCUCUUUGCCAAGACGAUAGCGCUGCUGUUUUCAGCGAUAGCAGACGUGUUUGGAGUGAACUCAUCACCGCAAGUGACAGGCCCAGCCUCGUCCAUCACAGAUAUCAUCGACUUUAUGCACCAUGUGCUGCUGCUGGAAGGGGGCAUGCCCACGCUGGCAAACCGGCGGCCCAAGCCAGAGACGCUACAGCUGUGCUCCAAGGCCGUGGAGCGCCUGCGAGAGGAUGUGCGCGUGCCCUUCCGCCACCUCUGCAUCGAUCCCUCGCUCUCCGUCUAUGCUGCUACUCAUCCCAAGCUCACUCGCUCCGCUGCUGCUGCAGCUGCGGCGGCAGCGGCUGCUGCGGGUGCUGCUGGUGCUGGUGCUACUGGUGGUGGUGGUGGUGCUGCUGGCAUUCCUCCACCCUCGCCCAUCUCACCGUCAUUCUGCCUUUUCUGGGAUACGUCACUCCGUGUACGAUCAAAUCUGACCUUUGAGAUUAUGGAGAGAGAAUCUCUGGACAAAUAUUCCUUCGCAAAGUCUCGCUUCAAACAAGAAAGGCAUGACUACUUGAAUAGCCCACAUGCUGACAUUCUGGAUUCGGCGGAAGUAGCAAUUUUUUCUGCACUGCAGCUCUAUCUUGAUUCCGGUGGUCGACCAAAUCUUGAAAUAGACUGGGAGACUGUUGCUGCAACGAUUCCAGCAUCUGUUCAAGCAGCUUUUGAUAAGUCGAAACUAGUUGACGCAGUUGCUGCUCGAUAUAAGAUACUGGUGGUAAGGGAAGAGGAGGAGGCAAUGGCAACAAUUUCAGCCAUUGAAGCAGAAGCAGAUUUAGCAAAGGACCACAUGAUGAAUGUGAAGAAGCUUACAAAGAAGCUACGCAAUAUAUGCAGGUCCUAG